AGUUUACCAAAAACCAAACCAAAUCAGAAAAGAAAAAAAAACAUGCUCUGUUUCCAGUCCUCCCAAUCCUUCCAAACCACCCCUACGAGGACAUCAACCUCUUCCGCCUCUUCCAAGUUCAUCUACCCAUUAUCUCAUCGAAAUUGCUGUGCUCUCUCUGAUUUUUCCUCGAAAUUCAGCUCAAACUAAUUAGUUCCCACAAAUUCAUAUACUUGUUGUUUUACUCUUUUUCAGCUGAUCGAAGUUGUAGCGGCUACCGAACCAUGAGUAUAGCACGCACACCUCUUUCAUUUCUUCUUCUUCUUCUGCUUGUGCCUCCUCUUGUUCAUAGUCUGUCUCUGUUUUCGUACCCAACCCCAAUGAACUGCACGGAUACCACGCGCCUGUGCACGUCGUUUUUGGCGUUCAAGCCCCAGCCGAACCAGACCCUGGCCGUGAUCCAGUCCAUGUUCGAUGUCCUCCCAAACGACGUAACCGUGGAGAAGAGCAGCAGCAACGGCCUCAACUACCUCUUCGUCCGGAAAAACUGCUCGUGCUUGCAAACCGACAAGCAGUACGCGACCAACACCACCUUCACUGUGCAAUCCAGCGAGGGAUUCGUCAACGACAUAGCCAUGGAAGCGUACGAUGGGCUGGCUUUCCCGCUGCCCAGUACGACGCGGAAGGCAUCGGUCCGGGCUAUCGUUUCCCUGAGGCUCUUUUGUGGGUGCUCCAGUGGGUUGUGGAAUUACUUGAUGAGCUAUGUGAUGAGAGAUGGGGAUACUGUGCAGUCCUUGGCCAGUCGGUUUGGUGUGAGCAUGGAUAGCAUUGAGCAAGUGAAUGGGAUUCUGAAUCCUGAUAAUGUCACCGUGGGUGCUCUCUAUUAUAUUCCUUUGGAUUCAGUUCCUGGCGAGCCUUAUCCCCUUGAGAAAGAUAUUCCUCCUGCACCCACUCCUGCUCCAUCUGUUGACAGUUUCCCAGUAAAUCAAGUGAAUCACAAGGGUCAUACGCCAUAUGGAUGGAUUGUUGGGGGUUUAGGGAUUGGCCUUGCAUUGGUUGUAUUAAGCAUAGUUGUUUGUGUUUCCUUGAGGUCAUCAAACUGCUUUACUGAAGCCCGAAGGAGUGACACAAAAGAUCCCGAUAGCAAAGUUUCUCAUAAAUUUCAUAUUCUUGGAAAAAGCAAUUUCUGUUGUGCUUCAGGAAGGUAUAUCUGCUGCCAGUCCAGGGAUGAGAAGCAAACCAAUGGGGAAUCUAGCAAUAACCAGAUUACUAUUCCUAAAGCUCUAGUGACCGAUGUGUUUGACAUGGAGAAGCCUGUGGUUUUCACAUAUGAAGAAAUUUUUUCUGCAACUGAUGGGUUCUCUGAGUCAAGGCUUCUUGGACAUGGAACUUAUGGUUCUGUGUAUUAUGCCCUGCUUCGCGACCAGGAAGUUGCUAUUAAAAGAAUGACUGCUAUGAAAACUAAAGAAUUUAUGGCAGAGAUGAAAGUCCUGUGCAAGGUUCAUCACGCAAAUCUGGUAGAAUUGAUUGGCUAUGCGGCUACUGAUGACGAGCUCUUCCUUAUAUAUGAAUUUGCCCAAAAGGGUUCCCUUAAAAGCCAUUUACAUGAUCCUCAUAACAAGGAUCAUACAUCACUUUCUUGGAUCAUGAGGGUCCAGAUUGCCCUUGAUGCUGCUAGAGGUCUUGAAUACAUCCACGAGCACACUAAAAACCAUUAUGUACAUCGAGAUAUCAAGACAAGCAACAUCUUACUUGAUGGUACCUUCAGGGCAAAGAUUUCAGAUUUUGGUUUGGCGAAACUUGUUGGAAGAACAGGUGAGGGAGAAUCUUCAACAACCAAAGUUGUUGGUACAUAUGGUUAUCUGGCUCCAGAAUACUUGAGUAAUGGUCUUGCCACAACCAAAAGCGAUGUCUAUGCAUUUGGUGUUGUUCUUUUUGAGAUUAUAUCGGGAAAGGAGGCAAUUAUACGAACAGAAGGCAUGAUGAUGAAAAAUCCCGAAAGACGCUCACUGGCAUCGAUUAUUUUAGCAGCUCUAAGGAGCUCACCUGACUUCAUGAGUAUGUCAAGCAUGAAGGAUUACAUUGAUCCAAAUAUGAUGGAUUUGUAUCCCCAUGACUGUCUAUUCAAGACGGCUAUGCUGGCAAAGCAAUGCGUGGAUGAUGACCCCAUCCUAAGGCCUGACAUGAAGCAAGUUGUGAUUUCCCUGUCUCAGAUUCUCCUGUCCUCUGUAGAGUGGGAAGCAACUCUUGCUGGGAACAGCCAAGUGUUCAGUGGCCUUGUUCAAGGAAGAUAGUGGUGGAACAAGCUUCUAUUCAAUCCACUACUAAUUUUAAGUCUUCCUUUUUUCUUUACAAAAAGCCUUAUCUUUCUAGCUAUGCGUGUAUAGAAGCUCAGGCAUUCUACGGAGGUGGUAAUUAAGAUGGUAUUUAUAUGUCGUCAUCCUUUAUCUCUCACUUUCAAUUUAUUUUUUUUUUUCUUUUAAAUGUUCAAUUCUUUCUGAAGUUUGUUUGGGAAAAUUUUGAUGUAAAAUGUGAUGUAGCUGAGGGAGGAUGUUGUUGUAUUGUAAUUACAAACAAGCUAUUUGAGUAGCUUAGCGAUUAUAUUCACCUAAAUCUAUAAAUGUUUGUCCUUCACAGC